AUGGCAAAACGCGGUGAACGAUUUUGGGUACUUCAGCGGGAGCGGGAAGAACUGCAUAUUCCCGAGCACUAUGGGAAUUGUGGUGUAAGUUGGUCUCGUGUCUUUCUGGGUGUUCAUUCGCCCUGCGAUGUGCUUGGCGGAUGGACCAUCGGCGUUCUGCUACUUUUCAUCUUUGGAGGGUUCUCUGAUAAGCUUUAUGAUGCAUAUGAAGCUAGUUCUCGCGACAACCUUUCAUUUUUCGUCUAUUUCUACACUUUCGUUCUGUUUCUACUAUGGGUUCAUCCUAGAGCGUGGCCAGAGACGCAAAGUUAUUCGGAGCUUGUCUGUGUGCUGUCGGGAACGGGAGCAAUUUGGAGUGGGCGAGUUUUCCAUGUUGGUGGUGAAAUGCCGUCGAUCAGCUUAGCAGAGGAGAGUCCCAACGCUCCAGUCUACUUGUACUUCAUGAGAUUCUUUUUAGGUGUGAUGAUGGUUCUGAGCUGCCGAAUUGUCCUGAAAUUUAUCGCAAAACCAUUGGUUCAAGGACUGUAUGACGUGCUCGAGUUGAAAUACUAUUCCUACUCGGAAUUGUGUCGUGAUUUAGGUGAUUUACAGCCGACCAAGAGGUAUACGAAUCGGAUGAGGUUCAAACCGAUUCUUGGUGCAAAGGAAGUGACUGCUGAUGCUAUACCGUAUGAUGUUGAUUUACCGGUGAAGUUCAUCGUCUACUCAAUGGUUGGAUUCCUCGUCUCUGAGGGGUGUCCGAUGAUUUUUGCUCAACUAAAUAUCUAA